UGCAUGAUUAUAUAAAAAGUACUGUAAACUGUAAAAACUUUAUUUGUAUUUCAAAUAUUCUCUACAUAUUGUUUACUUUUACAGUGGUGUUGCUUGUACAGUUAUUGGAAAAUGCCCUGACAGAAAAUUCUCUAUUAUUACAUUUUUUAUAUACUUGAGAAUUAAAAUUAAUAAAACAAAUGAAGUGAGAUACUUGAAAAUGUAUUUGUAAUAAUGUUAAAUACAUAUUUUAUACAUAUUUUCAGUUUUUGUUGUCAAAGAUUGAUGGAAGAGAACAAUCCAAUCUUCACACACAGGUGUAAUCUGAGAACCUGGUCCCUCCUAUUUAUAGAAAAAAAUCGACCUGUAAAGGAAAAAUCGACCUAUAAGGUAAACACUUUCAUUUAUGGAAUUGCAAAACGACUGUUCACAAUGAGAAUCCUGUGUCUUCUGGCCUUUCUAUGCCUACCAUCAUUUAUUCUUUGUGGUUUUAGGAAUAUGACCAUCUACUGUCCUCUGGAUGAAACUGAAAAUGGAAAUCAACCUAGUAAAUGGAAUAUCAGCCUGGCAAAAUGUGAUACUUUACAAAUAACGUGCACGGAUCGAAAUAAUCAAAAAAUCUGCAAAUCACUGGAGGAAUGUGGUCGUAAUCAGCUGAUAGAGGGUUUUAUAGACAAACUGCUUGGUUAUAUCAACUGUGAGAGAAAAGAAAAAGGAAUAAAAUGUGAUCUUCAUAUAGCUUGUAAUCAUACAAUAUACCUUGAACUUGAUCAUCUUCUGACUGACGAUAAGAAAACAGGAAAUUGCAAAUUCCGCCAUAAUGUUUUGCAAUGUAUACAAUAUAAGGAAAAUCUUCAAAAUCUUACAGACUGCAAUAUGACUGUUGCUUCCAAUACAGCUGAAAAAAGAAGUCAGGAGGGCAAAAACAACUCUACAGAAGAUACAGCAGACUGCAAACUUGAAACUUAUAUUCUAGGAGGAGUAAUUUUAUGUUUAAUUGGAGUGGUAUUUUUAAUUGCCCUAGUGAUUCGGAUUAUCAUGAAGAUGAGAACAGCUUCAGGCUCUGCAAACUUCACACAUUCAGGUCCUGCAGCCCCUCUACAGGCAGAGAAUACACCAUUCCUCCGCACUGCUUGAUGUAACCCAGUUCAAAAGGAGCACCGGAUUCAUCACCAAACUCUUCACUCAAGUUAAUUGUGCCAACCAGCCUAUUUUUAUUAUUCUUUGUGGUUUAGUUUUUGUUUGGCACUUGUUAAGAUACUGUGUUGUAAUCUAAGCUUGUUGUGUAGCCUACUUUUACUGAUUGUUAGGAAUCGAAUAACUUCUAUGAGAAUUAGCUUAUCAGAUAACAGUCCUUGUUUUGCUAAUUGCUAAUGUUGAGAACUUUACGUAAACUCUGUUAGAAUAGUGUUUCUUAUUUUUUUUUGGAUAGUUUGUGUAGUAGCACCAUGUAUGUGAAGGUUACGGUUUUAAUUUCUAAUGUACCAUUUUCCUUUGGUUAAUACGUUUAGUGGGUUGGGAUUUGGUUAAAUUGUUUUGUUUUAUUUCUUUGUUUUGGCAACACUCCUGUUUUUAGUUUGAUUCAGUUUAUUAAUUAAUUCACAUUAUGAAUCCCUAUAUUCAUUGUUACUUAUGAAUGUUUAAUAAAUUACAGUUUUCGUUUCACA